UACAGAUAUCGACAUAGUCUACAUUGAACGUUACCACGACCUAAUCCAGGGUAUGUUAUUGAGAAAAACACGGCAAUCUGAUUGAAUUUAUAUCAAUAAGGAAACAUGAUGAAUGAAGAAAACCCACCUCAAAGCCAACAGUCAACCACAGAGUCGGAAGACGCUGACAUUCGGAAAGUUCAAGUGGGUGGUAUAACAAUACCACUAAAUCUAGGCUAUGUGAAGAGUCCCCUUGGAAUUGCAACAGCAGUAUCGGGAAUCCUAGCUCUGCUUGGCACCAUCCUGGUGUCCGCUAGUUACAACAUCAACUGCUAUGCCGGUUACGGAUCUACUUACGACUUCUUCGAAUUCGUCGCAACCUCUUGGUUCAUCCUCUCUGUCUUUCGUUACAUCAUAUUCCUCCUCACAAACAAGAAAGGUAUCCUCUGUGGAUCAUUCGUACCAUGGACUCUACUGAUGAUGGCAAACACCGCAGUGUAUAUAAUUAUGUUCUUUUUUGGAUCCAUCGCAAUGGCUGUCAACUCGUGUUGGAGAGGGGGCUACAAAGCUACGGCGGCAUUCGGAUUUUUCACAGUGGGAGCCUGCGUUGCCGAGUUCAUACUGCUGUUGCUUAAAUUGCGACAAGAGCAUGAGCCCACUCAGAACCGCAUCCUGAUCUUAAUGGGAGUCCCAGCACAGAGCCAACAGAACGCUCCUCCAGCUUAUGACCCCGACAGUAAUAUGGCUACAGACACGCCAAAGUACUGAUUCUUCCUUACUGUUAAUGCAUCAAAUAUUACACGCAUUUCCUUUGAUGUUUUAUACUCAUUUAAAUUACGCAUCUUUAUCAUUAUAACGCAUGAUCAUAAAUUUUCAACACUUUAAGUUGCAUUAACGAUUUAUAUUACAUAUUUGAGUUAUUUAAUAUUUUACAAUUCAACAGGUGACGAUACAACACAUCGAAACACAAGAACAUUACAUGAAUGUGCGAGGACUAGUUAUGUCAAGUGACAUUAAUAAAAAUUCCAUGCGAAAUAUUGCACUAUACUGGAGUUUAUUGGGAUUCUACCCGACAUUUUUGUGUCGUACUUAACUUAAAUUGCUUGUUAAUACAUUGCUCUAUGAUUUAUAUUAUUAUAUAAUAAGUAUACUCGUGUGUGUUUGCAUAACACCUCAAUUUUGUUAUUCAUAACCAUGUAACUACUUGUCAACUCCGUGUUUAUGUAAUUAAAAGCAAAGUCAAUUUUCUUAUUA